AUGGAAGUUGCACUGGGUCCCGGCGACCAAGGCCGAGCUGCCGGAGCAGAGGGGGCAGCCUCCGUCGCCUCGCAAGGGGGGCGGCGAAGGUCCCCCCAUCGACGCACGAGGACACGACCAUUCGGGGGAACGGGCGGCGAUAGCGCCAUAAUAAUGCAAGAGCUACGCCACCGAGUCCAGAACCUGGAGCGGCAGCUUGCCGACCGGGAGCGGGAUGGACGCUCUACCGAUCCGAGCUAUACCCCGUCUCCCGGGAGCGAGGAGGAAGACUCUUACCGAAGCCGCCUGCGGACGGAAGUGGAGAGCUCGCGGGAGGAGUCACCCAUAAUGAGGAGACGAAAUGACACGAUCAUUUACUCCCGCGGCGGACCGACCCAUCGAGCGACAAGAGGUCGCGAAGACGGAAGAACACGACAACCCGUGAUAAUGGGCGCCACCCCGUUCCGCCGAUCUAUCCUCGAGGUCCGGUUGCCGAAACACUUCGACAAGCCAACGGACAUGAGGUACGACGGAACUCAAGACCCUCUAGAACACCUCACGGCCUUUGAGGCCAGGAUGAAUCUAGAGGGAGUAGGCGAUGAAGUAAGAUGCCGCGCCUUCCCGGUGACCCUAGCAGGACCAGCGAUCAGAUGGUUUAACGGCCUCCCUCAAGGCUCCAUCUACAAUUUCUCAGACAUCAGCCGCGCAUUCCUGGCUCAAUUUACAACGAGAAUAGAAAAGGCCAAGCAUCCUAUCAACCUUCUCGGGCCGGUUUGGACGAUGCAUGAAAUCCAAACGGUGGCCAAAGAGUACAUUAACGAUGAGGAAGUCAGCCGAGUCGUGGCUGCCAAUAAGCGGCAGUCCGGUUACGGCCAGGCUCGUCAGUUCGGUGGCAACGAGGAGAGAGCGAAAGAGAAGGCCAGGGAGGAGGCAUCAAACAAAGCACCUAGGCCGUUCCCUCGAGUCGGGAAGUUUACUAACUACACUCCACUCGCCCUCCCCAUCGUGGAAGUCUAUCAACAAAUAGCUGAAAAGGGAAUUCUUCCGAAGCCCCGACCACUCAAGGACCGCACGGGUGGAAACAAGAACCUUUAUUGCGAUUACCAUAAGGGAUAUGGCCAUCAAACACAGGACUGUUUCGACCUGAAGGAUGCAUUAGAACAAGCAAUAAGAGAAGAAAAGCUGGCAGCGUUCUCCCAUCUCAUCAGGGAGCCGAGAAGGCGUUAUCGUGAUCAAGACGAGGAAGGCAAGACACGCUCGGCCAAGCGGCGACAAGAGCCCGAAGACAGAGACCACGGCCUCACUGUAAUAAACGUGGUAACGGCAAAGAACACUGCACCAAAGUCCCGAUCGGCACACAAGAAAGACGCCAAGGUUCUGGCGAUCUCUUCUCCACCGAUGCAGAGUACCAAAAAACCUCCGUCCAUUUCUUUUGGCCCAGAAGACCAAUGGUUUAGCGACGCCCCGGAAAACCCUCCCAUGGUCAUAACGGCCAGAGUGGGAACCGGCCUCGUCAAACGGAUCCUCGUCGACACAGGGGCUGAUUCAAACAUCAUGUUCCGCAACGUGUUCGACGCACUGGGGCUAAAAGACGCCGACCUGACGACUCACCAGCACGGGGUUAUCGGGUUAGGCGACCACUUCAUCAAACCAGACGGAGUCAUUUCCCUACCAAUCUCGGUGGGACAGGUGCAAGGCCGAAGGUCGGCGAUGGCCGAGUUCGUAAUCCUCCGAGAUUCCACGGCCUACAACAUCAUCUUAGGAAGGAAAACAAUCAAUGAUUUUGAAGCUAUAAUCAAUACCAAGCUGCUGGUUAUGAAGUUUGUCACCGAUGAUGGAUCCAUAGGGACCAUAAGAGGAGACCUCGAGACGGCGGUCGCUUGUGACAACGCCAGCCUUUCCCUCAGAAAGAAGUCCAAAGAAGCAUCCGGCGUAUUCCUAGCCGACCUUGAUGCCAGAGUAGAGGACAAGCCGAGGCCGGAACCAGAAGGGGACCUGGAGAAAUUUAGCAUCGGUGACGAAGGGGAAAAGUUCACAUUCGUUAACAAGAACCUCCCACAUGAGCUAAAGGAGCCUUUGAUUGAAAUGAUAAGGGCCAACAGGGACUUGUUCGCAUGGACACCAGCCGACAUGCCGGGCAUAGAUCCACAAAUCAUCUCUCAUCACCUAGCCGUCAAGCCAGAAGCCCGCCCAGUUGCUCAACGGAGAAGAAAAAUGUCGGCGGAAAGGGCAGAGGAGGUAGCCAAGCAAACGGCCGGCCUCCUAGAAGCAGGCUUUAUACGAGAAGUGGAUUACACGACGUGGCUCUCAAACGUGGUGCUGAUGCACUCGUCGACGCUGCGGCGGGGUACCGGUAUCUGA